UGACCUUGGUUAAAAGAAGACUCUUUGGACUCGCAUAGUGAGAGUGCCUGUGUGUGUAUGUCUGAGCGCGUGUCUAAGAGACUGGGGGGGCAGCAGGAGGCGGGCCAGCCCAAACCCUGAAUGACGCCCGUCUCUUGCUUCUUGUGUACAUCAAUGUGUCCUGCGAUUGGCGGAGGGCAGUGUAAGGUACCCUCCGCUGGCGCGCCGUGGGCGGGUGGCUGGCCUGUUUAUAAACCCAGAUCUCUCCCCGUGGGCGGGAACAGCAACAGUAGAGAGUGAAAGUAAAGCGCCAGGAGAGGGUGAGGGAGACGGUGGAGGAGAAAGGCUGUGGCGGCGGCUGAGGUUGACCCGGGGCUCGCAGAGGGGGCGAGGCGGCCGCCCCUGUAUGCGUCUUCAACCGCGCAUGGAUGACCACCUCAGCCUUCUGCAAUCACCCCCGCCGAGCGCGACUAAAACCCGGGGCGACAAUCUGGUGAACCACGGAUACACCGAGACAGAAGCCGACGUGAUGACGGUGGUGGCGUGUGACAACAUGUUGGAAGAGUCGGCGGCUCUCCCGGGUCACCACUCUCUGGACCGAUAUGAACCGGAUCACGAAUGCUGUGAGAGAGUGGUCAUCAACAUAUCAGGGUUACGCUUCGAGACGCAACUCAAGACUCUGUCCCAGUUUCCAGAGACCCUUCUGGGUGACCCCAAGAAGAGGAUGAGGUACUUUGAUCCUCUCAGGAACGAGUACUUUUUUGACAGGAACAGACCCAGCUUUGAUGCAAUCUUGUAUUACUACCAGUCUGGGGGGCGCAUCAGAAGACCCGUAAAUGUGCCCAUUGACAUUUUCUCUGAGGAGAUUCGCUUCUAUGAGCUGGGUGAGGAGGCUAUGGAAAAGUUCAGGGAGGAUGAGGGCUUCAUAAAGGAGGAGGAGCGGCCGCUGCCUGAGAAUGAAUUUCAGAGACAGGUGUGGCUGCUGUUCGAGUACCCGGAGAGCUCGGGUCCCGCGCGGGGCAUCGCCAUAGUGUCCGUCCUGGUCAUUCUCAUCUCCAUUGUUAUCUUCUGCUUAGAAACAUUGCCAGAGUUCAGGGACGAGUACAAGGACCCGAUCACUACUGCCUCUGUAAUAAAUGGCACGCUCCCGUAUUUCACUAGCCCAUUCUCAGACCCAUUCUUUGUGGUGGAGACGCUGUGUAUCAUCUGGUUCUCCUUUGAGCUCCUGGUGCGUUUCUUCGCUUGCCCGAGCAAAGCCACGUUCUCCAAAAACAUCAUGAAUAUUAUUGACAUUGUUGCCAUCAUCCCCUACUUCAUCACGCUUGGCACAGAGCUAGCAGAGAGGCAGGGGAACGGACAGCAGGCUAUGUCAUUAGAUUUGCGCGUAAUUCGGCUCGUUCGGGUGUUCCGUAUUUUCAAACUUUCACGUCACUCAAAGGGGCUUCAGAUUUUAGGACAAACUCUAAAGGCCAGCAUGCGCGAGCUGGGUCUGCUCAUCUUUUUCUUGUUCAUUGGUGUCAUCCUUUUCUCCAGCGCGGUCUACUUUGCAGAAGCAGACGACCCAGAUUCGGGUUUCAACAGCAUCCCGGACGCAUUCUGGUGGGCUGUGGUAACCAUGACAACAGUGGGCUACGGGGACAUGCAUCCAGUGACAAUCGGAGGGAAGAUAGUGGGGUCACUGUGUGCCAUCGCCGGUGUGCUGACCAUCGCUUUACCUGUACCUGUCAUCGUCUCCAACUUCAACUACUUCUACCACAGAGAGACGGAGGGUGAGGAGCAGGCUCAGUACCUGCACGUGGGCAGCUGUCAACCUCUGGCUGACACAGAGGAGCUGAGGAAGACUCGCUCCUCUUCAUCCCUCAGUAAAAGCGAGUACAUGGUGAUAGAGGAGCACGGGAUCAACAGCGCGUUCAAACAGCAGCCGAACUUCCCCACCACGACCAACAUCAACACCACGCAGCAAAACAACUCUCAGAACUGUGUAAACAUAAAUAAAAAGAUUUUCACAGACGUGUAGCCCGUUUAAAUGUCAUGGCCCUGAACACAAGAAGAGGUUAUGUGUCAACACACAGCUGUUGCGCACGAGCGUGUGGAAGCAGCAGGAAAGCAGAUGAGGGGAAAAGGAAAAGGGAGAAAAUGGGCAAAAACCUGUGUUCAGAGAAGCUGCUUUGUGCUCCAUUCAAAGAAUCAGAAUUUUUCAUUUAAGUGAUAUGAAUCCAUAAUUCUGUGUGGCUCCAUUCGCGCUUGGAGAGAGAGAGAGAGAGAGGGAGAGAGAGAGAGAGAGAGAGAGAGAGAGAGAGAGAGAGAGAGAGAGAGAGCUCGUUAAAGUAUUAGGCCUAUAUUAUUCCUGUCUGAGCGAAGCAAUCGACCUGUUGUGCAUCGUGCAAUAGUAAAACUAUGAUCACAACAGGUAGAAAUAGAAGCUUUAUAACUGUAAAAGAUGAGUACAUAUGUUAGGACACUCACAUUGUAUUAUCAUGCGUUAUGAGUCGUGAUUCGUCAACCAUAGCCUAUGUAUAAUAUUCAGAAUCAUUAAAAUAUGUGUGUGUGUUUAAACACAUGUUUGAAGAAUACACUUUUGCAUAUAUUAUUCCAUUAGACCGUCCUGUGCUCUGCCUUUACUGUGCGUUCAACUCUAGUCCAAAUGCUUCCGUCUUACAAAAAUAACCCCCCAUAAUUCCUCAAUAUAAACCUGUCCUCGUGGGCUAUUAACUGCGUAAACAGCGCCGUGUAAACAUAAGGGGCCAGCCUGCCCUGUCUGUCUCAUUAUCGGUGCGAGACACACGCGCGAGAGGAGAAACGCGGCGCUCUCCCACGUGCACAAACAGCAAUCAAAGAUGAAGCGUGCCUCUCCCUGGAUGCCUAAAAUAUAGCCCGCUGUGAUGCAGUCUCCAUGGUGACGGUCGUUUCCUCGGUAACCCCGGUCACCGUUGCCAUGGCGCCCUCGUUUCCACAGUAACCUCCCAUAUGGCAUGAAAGCAAUAUUUGAGAUUUCCAUCUUAAAACGCGUAUCCUCGGUGUCUGAUUAGACUGCCGCGUGCGUAAAAAUGCAAGCCCAGACAUGCCCAGCGCCGUCUGCCGCGAUUAGACACAGGCUCAGUCAGAGACUUCUGCAUUGACACAAAUCAAAUUGAGGCAAAUGAUGUGCUGAACUUACAAGCAUGAACUGCCCCUUGUGACUGUAUCAAGCCGUAUAAGAUAAACCAGGGAGAAGUGGAAGGAGAGGGAGCGCGUGAAGAAUUAUGAAUGGACUGGGGAGCACGUUGUGUCUGGCUGUCUGGAUUGCAAUACUGUGACUGGCCGACAGAGGUCGCUGUUCCCUCAUUGAUGGAACUGUGGAAGUUGUUCCAUUUUUCUGCACAGACCUCCUGGAACCGGCAAUGACGCAAAACAGACCGCCUCCCAUUGAGGGAUGCAAUGACUUUGGUCUUCCUGUUGGGCCUGAUGGGCCAAAGUUGAGACAGAACUCCCUCUGGAUCAGUUUAUCUCCCCUCUCUUGACUGGUUUCUUCAAACCAUGACUUCUAUCUAACGGUGCCUAGCAGGUUGCCCCCUCCAGCAGAUCACCUCUGAACCCAAAAUGCCAUCACAAGAAUGACAUAUAACAGUAACAUACUGUAAAAUAUUCCACGUACAGUUUUGUAGCUCAGUGUGAUAGGCUGUGACAGAACACAGCUGGAGCUAUGUUCUGGACAUUUCUACUUACUGCUUUCUAGAUAAAAUUCAAAAGUACAGAUUCAGGAAACAGACAGAUAUUUUGCUAAGCACAUUAGUCUCCUGGACUCUACAUGGAUUUUCAACAGACAAUAAUUAACAGCUCUUGCUUCGGGUGGCGAAAACUGAGGCCAACAUGAUUAACUGAAACGAAACUGUGACACAAAUCAAAGACUGUUAGCCAUAUGCCUUUCAUAGCUCUGUGUGCCCUGUGUUGCUAAUACGUGGCGCACACACACGUGUGUAUGUGUGCUGGUUGCAGCUUUUCCCCUGACCAGAGAACAACAACAAACACGUGCACAUCCAUAGACACAACAUACACGCACACAUGUAUACACAUGCCUGUACACGGCUGUCUUUUAUCCCAGAGUUUUUGGGGAUGGGGCGGGGUGCUUUUUUUUCAGGGGAAGGCUGUGUAUACCAGUAUUUGUUCUGUGUUCUUCUGUGCUGUCUUCAACAUGACCUAUAAACAGAUUA